AUGGGAAAUUAUAAUUGUGCAAAGUGUUGUGAAGGAGGCGAAAACAGGCAUGAAAUAGAUUUAAAAAAAUCCGUAAAGGUUAUAUAGACUAUAAUUCAAGCUUACCAAAGCCUAAGAGAUAGUUUCAGUCAAGAGUUUCUGAGCUUUAACAAAGAAAGUUUGACUUCAUCUGCAAAAGAAAUAAAGGCAGCAAUCAAAAUCCAAAAAGCUUGAUUUAUUUAUCAGAUCAGAAAGCAAUAUAUUGCUCUCAAAAAAAGAUUCAAGCCGAAUGAUACUUAUUUUCCAUCCAAGGAUAUAAUAUUUAUAGCAGUUUAAUCAUUUUAUAUUUAUAAUAAUUGUAAUUUUGCUUUAAAAAUAAGCCAAUUGUUACUUAAUAAUGAACUACAUAUAUUAUAUAAAUGAAAUAUUAAAGAAGCAUUGUCUCCUGUCUAUCAUUCAAAAGUCAGAAAAGAAAAGCCCUUAUAUACAUAUAAAUCAGGCGCCACUUACAAAGGAAGCUGGCUUGGAGGGUUUAGAGACGGCCCUGGUGUAAUGAUAUGGCCUGAUGGGUGCUCAUAUGAAGGAGAAUGAAGCUAUGGCUACCCAUUUGGUAGAGGAAAAUUCAUACAUAUUGAUAAAGAAGCUUAUGACGGAGAUUGGAAAAAUCCUUAUAACUCACUCCCCCCCUUUAAAUUGGAACAAAAUAUAGGUAAAAUUUUUACUUAUUUGGUAAAUUAGCCCCCUUUAAAUUGGAACAAAAUUUAAUUUCAUAAUAAAAAAUUAUAUAUAAUUUUUUUAUCUAAAAAAUUUUGAUAUAAGUUAAAUGUUUUUUCUAAACUAAAAUUAAAAAUUUAGUUAUAUCUUACUCUUGUUAAAAGAAUAGAGUAUAAAGAACAUCUUAUGUAAAUAAAUUUUAUUAUCCUAAUUGCUAAAUUUCUAAAACAUUUAAAUUUUUUUUUUAUUUAAAUAAUUUUGAUAUAAAUUCAAUGCGAAUUCUUUACAAAAUUUCAAAAUUUACUUAUUUCUCGCUUUAUUUAAAGAAUAGAGUAUAAAUAACAACUUAUAUUUAAACAAAAUUAACACUUUGAUUGAUAAAUUUUCUAAAUUGUUUUUUUUUAAUUUGUUUUACCAAUUAAAACAAUAAUUUUUGUGUAAAUAGUUUUGAUAAAAAUUAAUAGUGACGUAAUGAAAAUUUAGUAACAUCUUGCUUUGUUUUAAAGGAUAAAGAGUAAAUAGCAUUUUAUUAAACAAAUUUAUUAAUCUAAUUCAACAAAUUUUUGAAAUAUUUUAAAAAAAUUUUCUAAACCCCCCUUUUAAUUGGAACAAAAAUUUUGUUCCGAUUUAAAGGGGUGGGAGUCAGGAAAAAAUACUCUUUCUAAUGAAAGUAGGUCAGUUCUCACUCCCCCUGUGAGCGAGCAAAACCUUCGAAAAAACAUCUAAAACCAACCCUCCAUGAGCGAGCAAAGCAAUUGAAAAAAAUUCUAAAAAGCCACCAUAGCUAAUCUGUUUAAUUUUAAACAGAUUUCAUUUUAAAACAUAAAUUUUGCAAUCAAACUAAUUUUUACUUACUUUAAAAAUUUAUAUAUAAAUUUUAAAAAAAAAUAAUAACCCCUGCUUGAGCGAAUUUUUUUUUGAUCUUUCACAGAGGGGGAGUCAGAGAUAUUAUUGAAGGAAAAAGAGAUGGGUAUAGUAAUUAAUAACUAGUGUGGCUUCACUACAAAGAUGAAAGGCUUCAUGGAAAUAAAGGAAAUCCCAAUAAAGCCAGAUUUUCUAUUGAUCAUUGUCACCAAGUCGGAGAACUGAAGGAAAAAUUUGAUGAAAUUGUUAGAGAAAUUAAGGUUCCAAAAAGAGAGCUGAAUCAAGAAUUUAUAGAGCAUAAUAUUGUAUUUUAUGUAAAAAUUAAUUUUAAUAAUAAAAUAUACAAGAUUUUUAUAUAUAAAAUACAUUGGUGCGAAUUAAAAUAAAACAGAAUAAUUCAGAAUUCAGUAAUAAUUGGCAAGAAAUUUCUUAUGAAAAUCAAAUAAGAUAUCUCGGAGAAAUCAAACAUGGAAAGCGAGUAGGAAAAGGCAGAAAUAUUUGGCCUAAUGGAGACAUAUAUGAAGGGUAUUGAGCAAAUGAUAUGCAAAACGGAUGGGGCAGAAAUAUAUGGUCUGAUGGGUCUUCUUAUAUAGGAACUUAUAAAGAUAACGAAAAAGAAGGUAUUGGGGAAUACAUUUGGGAAGACGGGACAACUUAUAUAGGGCAAUGGAAAGACAAUUUGAUUAAUGGUGUUGGAAAAUAUAACUGGCCGGACGGGAGAGAAUAUUUAGGGGAAUGAAUUAAUGGAAUUAUGCAUGGAUUUGGAAUUUUUUCAUGGAAAGGAGGGAAAAGAUAUGAAGGAUCUUGGCAUCAAGGCAAAAAGCAUGGCUGCGGGUACUCUAUUACCGCCAACAACAAAAUCACAAAAGGAUUUUGGUCGAAUGGUAAAACUGUAAGUUAA